AUGGGGAUUAUUCUAGAAGGAACGCACUAUGUUUUUCCUGAAGAGGGGGUUUGGCUUUUGGAAGCUGGGCAGGCAGCUAUUUUGUUUAAUGGUUAUCCCUUUUCCGUUCAACAAGGAUAUCAAUUACUUGCAUCAUCACAGAUUUCAUUUCCGAAAUAUCUCGUUUAUUCCUAUUUAAAGCGAGCGGGUUAUAUUGUUCUUCCUUCAAAUAGAAAUGUAGAGACGUCUGAUGUGAGUAUACAGAGUUCGUCUAACAAAAAUACAACGGUAAAGUCUCAUCAAGUGCAGAAGUUCCCGCAGGAUCUUCUUGACCAGUUCCCUUCUAUCUCAUCCGAAGAGUCUACUUUUGUAGAUUUGUACAGGAAAAGUGCCAUUGCCGAAAAAUUUACUGUUUCGCCGGAAUUCCCUUGUCGUAGUGCUUCUGCAUAUUCAUUUACACCAAGGCGCAAGGAAAAACUACGACCUUUUUUUUGGCCGCGUUUUGAUGCAGUUUGCAGAUCAGUGGAAAGUUGGGAGGGAUAUCGUGAAGAGAUCCGCAAGAUUAUCUCUCGCAAGCGUCCUUCUUCAGGUCCUUACUCAGCUUUGCCGCAACCGGAUUAUGAUAUUUAUGUUACUGACGGGACUUAUAGCCAUACAUUCCCUCCUCCACCACUUUUUCAGUUAUACGUUUUCGAGAACUGGCAGUUUGGUCUACCGUCUCAGUACGAAUUGUAUCAGCUAAGCUGUCGGGUUUGUAAAGGUAAACUGGUUAUCGCCGUUGUUCAAAAUGCGACAAUACUUUUUUAUGAUGCAGACCAUCGAUCUAUUCAGCUUUAA